AUGAAGACUGCUUCUACAAACAUUUGUGAAAAACUGUGAUAUAAGUCCAUCUGUGAAAUUUCCUUGCUACUAAAUAUUCCACAGUCAACUGUUAGUGGUAGUAUAACAAAGUGGAAGCAAAUGGGAACAACAGUAACUCAGCCACAAAGUGAUAGGCCACAUAAAAUGACAGAGCAGGGUCAGCGCAUGCUGAAGUGCACAGUGUGCAGAAAUCACCAAUUGUCUACAGAGCUAGAGACCUCCAAAUUUCAUGUGGCCUUCAGAUUAGCACAACAGUGUGUAGAGAACUUCAUUAAAUGGGCAGCUGCAUCCAAGCCUUACAUUGCCAAGUGUAGUUCAAAGCAUUGAAUACAGUGGUGUAAAGCACGCUGCCACUGAACUUUAG